UCUGGAGUUCUACAUGAUUCAGAUGGAGGAAUUCAAGACCGCGGAAAGGGAAGGACGAAAAAGAGGGCUGAAAUUUAGGGUUCUUGAUACGACUCAAGCUAUGCUGCUGAGGCCGGAUGGGCAUCCUAGCAGACCUCUGCUAUGAGAGAGUUAUAUCAUAUAUGAGUGAAGACAUUUGGUAUCUCAACAUGAAGCUUCAUACUUUUGAGGCUCCAAGUGGAAACAAAUCAGUGCUGUGGAAUUUCCACAAAGGGCUUCUGCUUGCUCUGACACUGAUUCUUCUUACCAUCAUUCCUCCUUUGUCUACAAACAAGAACUUGCCUUCAUCACUGCCAAAUAUCUGGAAAAACACCACCAGCUUGAAGAUAGUGGAGUUAGAGAAGCAAUGUGACUUGUUUCGUGGCAGUUGGGUACCGAAAUCCGAGCUGCCAUACUACACGAACGACACGUGUGACAUGAUGUUUGAAUAUCAAAACUGUUUGAAGUUUGGAAGAACAGACAGAGAAUUCUUGAAGUGGAGGUGGAAGCCAGAUGAAUGUGAGCUUCCUCUCUUUGAUUCUACUCAGUUCUUGGAAAUUGUUAAAGGGAAAUCGCUUGCUUUCGUUGGAGACUCGGUUGCUCGAAAUCAUAUGCAGUCGCUGUUGUGUCUCCUCUCCAAUGGAUCUCAUCCAGAAGAUGUUUCUCUUAAAUACAACCUAACAUAUGAUUUCAAAAGGUGGUUCUUUGCUGAUUACAAUUUCACAGUGGCAAGAUUCUGGUCACCAUUUUUGGUUAAAAGCAGGGAUGCAGACCAGAAUGGUUUCUCCUCCAACAGCCUCAUGAAUCUAUACUUGGAUGAAGCAGACCAAUCCUGGACUUCCGCCAUUGAAUCUUUCGACUACGUCGUCUUCUCAGCAGGACAGUGGUUCUUUCGCCCUCAAGUAUACUACGAAAAUGGUCGAAUCAUAGGAUGCUUCAAUUGCCAGAAAAGUAAUGUCACACAGCUUAUGAACUACUAUGGCUAUGGGAAAGUCUUCCAAACUGCCUUUAGGACGAUUAUGAGCCUCAAAGGCUACAAAGGAGUGACAUUAAUGAGGACGUUUUCUCCCUCGCACUUCGAAAAUGGCGAAUGGAACAAAGGAGGGAACUGUGCAAGGACAAGGCCAUUUACAAAGGAAGAGACGAAGCGGGAAAGUUAUGUGUUUGAGUUGCAUAAGGCUCAGGUGGAAGAAUUUAAAGCAGCAGAAAAGGAGGGGAUGAAGAGAGGCUUGCAAUUCAGGCUGUUGGACACAACGGAAGCCAUGCUGAUGAGACCAGAUGGGCAUCCAAACCAUUAUUCUCCUCCUAGGAAAGAGAAUGUAGCUGACUGUGUGCACUGGUGCUUGCCAGGCCCCAUUGACACAUGGAAUGAGUUCUUACUCUCUAUACUGAAAACAGUAAAGCAAUGGAGGAUCCCAUGAUCCCUUCCUUUUCUUGACAGGAAACACCUAUGGGCUGUUCAUAGCUUGCAAUCACCGGAUUCUUUCAUG